AUGGCCUCGUCCGCGUCCUACGCUGAUUGCGUGUCGUCGCUUCGAACGUCCCUCAAAUUCCUCGAGUCGUCCGUUGAGACGCUCGACGAGGGUGUCUCUGACUUUCCGCGCCUGAUUAAUGUCCUCAAGUCUGUCCGGCAUUAUGAGCUUGUUCCUCAACCAAAAUUAGCAGCGGCAGAGGCGUCUCUGCGAGAUGAGAUUGGCCCUUACAUUGCGUUUCUACUCUCUCGCGCCGACGCACAGACGGAGCGCCAAGAGCGUCGCAUAGAAACGCUGAAGGCGCGAUGUGAUCUUCAGCAGGGCCGCAUGGCAAAGCCUGAAGCCGGCUCAGCGGCAGCGGCGCGGCAAAAGAGUCGUCUGUUGAGCUCCGAGGACAAGCUGCGCGCGCGCGCCAUCAGGCAGCGCAAAGAAGCGCUUCGCUACGGUGUCGAACGACUUGAACUGGAAGUGCUGCAGAAAGAGAGAGAGUUGAGAAGAAGACUGGACGGCUAA